AUGAUUGCUGAUGGAGCAUCGGUUAUGGUGAAAACAGCAUCCGACCUAGGCAUACAAUACAUCCACUGUUGUGCUCACGUCAUUGAUUUAUCCGUGGCGGCUGCCCUUAAUCUUCCAAUGUGCGCGCAUGUUCUGAAGAAAGUGAAGCACGUGGUGUCCAAGCUAAAUAAGAGCGGAAAGUUGAAGAAAUUGUUUAGACGGUUUCUGAACGAAGAAAACCUCCCGAAUGUUGUGCCAAUGAAUGAUGCUCCAACUAGAUGGUCCAGUACAUACUUCAUGCUAUGUGACUUCCUAGCCGCAGUCAGUGAAUUAGGAAAACUCUUGAUCGCGAAGACUGAAGACAGCUGCUCGAAGGGAAGGACUGCAGUUUGGCGAGAAAUUGUUGGGGAUGAAUGGCGAGAAACUGCUGACCACUUCUUGGCGUGUAAAAGCAAUACUCUUGACUCAGCGGACUCCGAUGACGAAAGUUAUGAAAGGUCUUCUACCCCCAAAGGAUCGGAUAUGUGGUCUUUGAUCACAACACAAAGUACUACCAGCACCCCCUCAAGAAGCUCACAGAUGCAACAGGAAGAUCUUCAGAUGGAGUUGCAGCAGUACACUAUACAUCUGAACCGAGGAGACGCACGACCAAGUCCUGAUGCAGACCCAGUUCAGUGA